ACCGGAAACGGCAGUCCUUUCCCGGCGGAGCGCAGCCAUGGCCCGUGGCCCCAAGAAGCACCUGAAGCGCGUGGCUGCGCCCAAGCACUGGAUGCUGGACAAACUGACGGGCGUCUUCGCACCCCGUCCAUCGACAGGCCCUCACAAACUGAGGGAAUGCCUUCCGCUCAUCAUCUUCCUGCGGAACAGGCUGAAGUAUGCCCUGACAGGAGAUGAGGUCAAGAAGAUCUGCAUGCAGAGGUUCAUCAAGAUAGAUGGCAAAGUCCGCACAGACAUCACCUACCCUGCAGGCUUCAUGGAUGUCAUCAGCAUCGAGAAGACAGGUGAGCAUUUCCGCUUGGUGUACGAUACCAAGGGCCGGUUUGCUGUUCACCGCAUCACAGCUGAAGAGGCCAAGUACAAGCUGUGCAAGGUGAGGAAGAUCUUUGUGGGCACCAAAGGAAUCCCUCAUCUGGUCACCCAUGAUGCUCGUACCAUCCGCUAUCCAGACCCCCUCAUCAAGGUGAAUGAUACGGUCCAAAUUGACCUGGAGACAGGCAAGAUCACAGAUUUCAUCAAGUUUGACACAGGUAACCUGUGCAUGGUGACCGGCGGUGCCAACUUGGGUCGUAUUGGGGUGAUCACCAACCGGGAGAGACACCCUGGCUCGUUUGACGUGGUUCACGUGAAGGACGCCAAUGGCAAUAGCUUUGCCACCAGGCUCUCCAACAUCUUUGUUAUUGGCAAAGGUAACAAGCCGUGGAUCUCCCUGCCCCGUGGAAAGGGCAUCCGCCUGACCAUUGCUGAAGAGAGAGACAAGAGACUGGCGGCCAAGCAGAGCAGCGGGUGAACUCCAGCUCGGGCUGGCAGUGGUCCUUUCAGUCUAUUAAUUAAACCAUUUCCCAAA